GUCGCCACAGAAGCGUGGAUGAUGUGUAGAGAAGCGUUAGCUGACAGACAGCUAAGGUAGUUUACCCUUUUUCUUUAAAUCCGUUUUUUUCAUUGGGGUUUAGGUGUCAUGUAGGCAGUUUUAAGUCGGUGUUUACGUUCUUUUCUUGUGUUUGAUUCUUCCUUUGUUUAUUUGUUUUUUAAACAUGCAGACAGUCGGGUGUUUUUUAGCGUUGGCCUCGUCCAGACGUUCUCUCGUCUUUAGCAGACUUGAGUUUGUUAAAGUUCUGCGUCAGACUCGCCUCUGUCACGGAGGGGCAGCACCUCAAGAUGAAACACCGGUUAUCCGUGUGCCGCGAUAUCUGCAGAGACGGGUUGAAAACGUGAACGAAGCUCGAAGGAAAAGCAAGAUCAGCACCGUACGAGCCGGAAAGGUCCUGAUCCAGAGCAGAAACCCCGUCCUGAACCAGAGCGCCGCGUACGUGCUGGGAAAGUUCGAGGCGCCCACACUUUGUUCUAAGGGAUGGAAACACAACAAGUCCUUUGGCGACUAUUUUAUCAUCAAUAACACCAAGGAUGUGGCACCCUACAUUUCAGGAAACCAGAGGAAGGACGAAGAUAAACCAUCAGUGACAUUUAGCAAACUCCACAUUUGCAAGGAGCUGCUAGACGUUUUAAAUGACAUUGGGAUUACCCAUCCUACCACAGUGCAGCUGCAGACCAUCCCAAAGGUCAUGAAAGGUCACAACAUCCUUUGUGCUGCAGAGACGGGCAGCGGGAAAACUCUGAGCUACCUGCUGCCGAUAGUCCACCGGCUGCAGGCGGAGAAGCAGCUGGAAAUCUGCAGCAUGGAGACGAACAAAAUUCGUGCUGUCGUUGUUGUUCCUUCCAGAGAGCUCUCUGAGCAGGUGUCCGCUGUGUCCAAGACUCUGUGUGCCCCUUUUGGGCUUCGCACACAGACUGUGGGCGGUGGGAGAGGUGUGGGACACAUCAAGGCUGUCUUCAAGAAGAUCCAUCCAGAUAUUUUAGUGGCCACACCUGGUGCCCUGGUCAAGGCCCUGCGAAGACGCUGUCUGAGUCUGGAUGAACUGAACUUCCUGGUGGUUGACGAGGCCGACACCAUGUUUGACCCCACUUUCUCUGAUAUGUUGGAGAACAUCCUCUCAUACAUAAACAUUGCUAGUGACCCCCAGGAAACAUGUGGUCUUGGUGGGAAAACUCAAUUGCUCGUGGUUGGAGCGACCUUCCCGGGCGGCGUGGGUGAGCUGCUCAGCCAGGUGACGGACCUUGGCAAAAUGGUGACAAUCAAGAGCAGAAUGCUGCACUGCCUCAUGCCGCACGUCAAACAGACUUUUCUUAAGGUCAAAGGUGCUGACAAAAUCCUGGAGCUCCAGCAGGCGUUGAAGCUGCUCCAGCGUGAGAAAGGAGGCGGGGCUGUUCUGGUAUUCUGCAACAAGUCUGCCACAGUUAACUGGGUGGGCUACUCCCUUGAGGAACUUGGGGUUCAGCACGCUCGACUGCAAGGGGAGAUGCCUUCUGCGGUGCGGGCUGGAAUCUUCCAGUCCUUCCAGAAGGGGGCGGUGGAUGUGCUGAUAUGCACAGACAUUGCUUCACGAGGCCUGGACACUUCCAAGGUGCGCCUCGUCGUCAACUAUGACUUCCCAGAAAGCCACACAGACUACAUCCACAGGGCAGGGAGAGUGGGCCGUGCCGGAGGGAUGGAGGACGCGGAGGUGCUCAGCUUUGUCACCCAUCCCUGGAAUGUGGAGUUGGUGCAGAGCAUUGAAACUGCUGCUCGGAGGAGAACCACCUUACCAGGGAUGAAAUCUGACAUUCAGGAACCGAAGGCUAAAGUAGUCGAGACUGAAGAAUAGAUUUUUGUGUUUGAAUGUUUAAUAUAAAUAUAUGCAAUAAAGAUUUCAAGGCAAGGACUAAAAAAAUGAUUAUAAAUAAAAGUGAAUUAAAUUGUACACUGUUUCUGAA